GUCAAAGUUCAGCCCCGCCCGCCUCCCCGCGCCGUCUCCUCGGCCUGCGCCGCCGCCGCUCGUGGUCCGGGUCGCGCUCCUUCCGCUCCGCCGCCUGCUUGCGAGUGCUGCCCGGCAGGCCGCCAUGGCGAACGUGGCCGACACGAAGCUGUACGACAUCCUGGGCGUCCCUCCCGGUGCCAGCGAGAACGAGCUGAAGAAGGCAUACCGAAAGUUAGCCAAAGAAUACCAUCCUGAUAAGAAUCCAAAUGCUGGAGAUAAAUUUAAAGAAAUAAGUUUUGCAUAUGAAGUAUUGUCAAAUCCAGAGAAGCGGGAGCUGUAUGACAGAUAUGGAGAACAAGGUCUACGGGAAGGCAGUGGUGGAGGCGGUGGCAUGGAUGAUAUUUUCUCACAUAUUUUUGGUGGAGGAUUGUUUGGCUUCAUGGGCAAUCAGAGUAGAAGUCGAAAUGGCAGAAGAAGAGGCGAGGACAUGAUGCAUCCACUGAAAGUAUCUUUAGAAGACCUGUAUAAUGGCAAGACAACCAAACUACAACUUAGCAAGAAUGUGCUAUGUAGUGCAUGCAGUGGCCAAGGUGGAAAGUCUGGAGCUGUUCAAAAAUGCAGCGCUUGUCGGGGUCGAGGUGUGCGCAUUAUGAUCAGACAGCUGGCUCCAGGAAUGGUGCAGCAGAUGCAGUCCGUGUGCUCUGACUGCAAUGGAGAAGGGGAGGUCAUCAAUGAAAAAGACCGCUGUAAAAAAUGUGAAGGGAAGAAGGUGAUUAAAGAAGUCAAGAUUCUGGAAGUCCAUGUAGACAAAGGCAUGAAACAUGGACAGAGAAUUACGUUCACUGGGGAAGCAGACCAGGCUCCAGGAGUGGAACCUGGAGAUAUUGUUCUUUUGCUACAGGAAAAAGAACAUGAGGUAAUUUCCUUUCGAUUUAUUCACUUUUUUUCCCCUUUUUCCCCUGGCAAAGUAAUUGAACCAGGAUGUGUUCGUGUUGUUCGAGGUGAAGGAAUGCCACAGUAUCGUAAUCCCUUUGAAAAGGGUGAUCUUUACAUAAAGUUUGAUGUGCAGUUUCCUGAAAAUAACUGGAUCAACCCAGACAAACUUUCUGAAUUAGAAGAUCUCCUGCCAUCUAGACCAGAAGUUCCUAAUGUUAUUGGAGAGACAGAAGAAUUUGCCUCCACAUAUGAGGAGUGA